GAUUCAGAUCUGCCUGGAAUUUUGAUGAAGAUUCACUGGUUGCGUGUACACAAGACUCAGGGGUGCGUCCCAAUACUGCUACCAUGCUAUUUGUAUGUACAUGUUUAAACCUGGGGUGGCUAGUGGGGACGGACUGAGCAAUCCAAAAUGGCCAGGACGUCAUCAACCCACGCGGCUCGCCGUCGCAAUAUGUAUCCUAGCAACGGUUAACAUUGUAUAAUGAGGUAGCUUGACAGUUUGAGAAACUGUAGGAACCAACGCGCAUAACCGAGCUACAUCUAUCCUACUUGACCUACUGUAGGGGAAAUGGAUGGAACGCCGAAGACUCCGAUGCGAGCCCCACGUAUAUACGUGGAGAGAACAUUGGCACUGAUCAAGCCCGACGUCAUACAUAAGGCCGAGGAGAUAGAAGACAUCAUUCUGAGGUCUGGGUUCACCAUCCUACAGAAGCGCAAACUGCAGCUGACCCCAGAGCAGUGCAGUGACUUCUAUGCAGAGCAGUAUGGCAAGUUGUUUUUCCCCAGCCUGACAGCCUUCAUGAGCUCAGGCCCCAUCAUCGCCAUGACGCUGGCACGCCAGCAGGCCAUCGCUCACUGGAAGGCUCUCAUUGGUCCUGUCAACAGCACCAAGGCCAGGGAGACGCAUCCUGAAUGUCUGCGAGCCAAAUAUGGCACCUCUGACCUUCGGAACGCACUGCAUGGCAGCGAAGCAUUCUCCUCUGCAGAGAGCGAGAUCAAGUUCAUGUUCCCCAAGUCCGUGAUUGAGCCCAUCCCGCUGGCAGAGGCGGCUCAAGACUACCUGUUCAGGUUUUUGAGCCCCACACUGCUGAGUGGACUGACAGAGCUCUGCAAGCAGAAGCCUGCGGACCCCUAUACCUGGCUCGCUGAUUGGCUGAUCAAGAACAAUCCAAACAAGCCGAAGGUGAAUGACGGAGCAGAGUGACAGCAGAGCUUACUGAGAGAGGACGACAUCUCGUUUUUAAUUGGUCCAUUGGAUAGAAUUAACUGCUCUCUGUCUUCACAGAUCUGGUUACUAUGUAUUGUUUUAAAAGGAAAUUAGAUGGUUAGUGUAACGAUGAUGACAUAAGAGUUUAAUAGUGUGGGUUGGUUGACUACACAUAUAUUUAUGUGUUCUGUACAGUAUGUUAGUGCACAGUUAUGGUUAUGUUUUUUACACUGACAUGUUCUGACUUGAUCAAAUGUUUACAAAAUCUUAUGUUAUUGCUGCAAAUAAAAUUCGUUUUUAUUCACU